UAUUCUUCGACUUUGUAGUAGUGUGUGUAGCCGACGCGCCGGCGUCCUUCAGUCAAUAAAAUUAUUAUAGGAUUUAAAUGUUUAUUACAGUAUCACAUUCGACAAAACAAAAAGCAUACAAGAAUUUUAUGCACUAUGAGUACGAAUACGAAAAGAACUAUUUAUGUGGGAGGCUUAGCCGAAGAGGUUGAUGAAAAAGUAUUACAUGCAGCAUUUAUACCUUUUGGAGAAAUUGUCGAUGUACAAAUACCAUUAGAUUAUGAAUCAGAGAAACAUAGAGGAUUUGCUUUUAUUGAGUUUGAAAGUGCAGAAGAUGCAGCAGCAGCAAUUGAUAACAUGAAUGAUUCUGAGUUGUUUGGCCGAACAAUCAGAGUAAAUAUUGCAAAACCACAGAAGAUAAAAGAAGGUUCAUCAAAACCUGUUUGGGCUGAUGAUGUAUGGUUACAAGAGCAUGCAGGUGAAACACUUAAAAAUGAUGAUAAUACAAAAUCAAGUGAUACAGUGCAACCAAAAAAAGGAAAACAGAAUCCUCAAGUAUAUUUUGAUAUUAGUAUCGGAAAACAAGAAGUAGGUAGAAUUAUUAUGAUGUUGAGAGCUGAUAUUGUACCAAAGACUGCUGAAAAUUUCCGUGCCCUUUGUACUCAUGAAAAGGGAUAUGGUUAUCAAGGAAGCACUUUUCAUAGAAUUAUUCCAGAAUUUAUGUGUCAAGGAGGAGAUUUUACAAAUCAUAAUGGAACAGGAGGAAAGUCAAUCUAUGGAAAUAAAUUUGAUGAUGAGAAUUUUGAACUAAAACAUACAGGACCAGGUACAUUGUCAAUGGCAAAUUCUGGUUCAAAUACAAAUGGAUCACAAUUUUUCAUAUGUACAGCACGUACAGAUUGGCUAGAUGGAAAACAUGUAGUGUUUGGACAUGUUCUUAGUGGUUUAGAUGUUUUAAAAAAAAUGGAAAAAUGUGGAACAAAAACAGGCACUCCUACUCAGAAAGUUGUUAUAAUAGCUUGUGGGGAAUUGACUUAAAUAAUCACAUUUAUUACUUAAUUAUAUUAGCUCUCACAGAUUUUUUAUCAGUUAGAGUUUUUAAUAAACAAUUUAUGGAAAGUGCUAAUUAAAACAAAAAAGUGUAUGUAAGAAUGUUAUAUGUAAUUAUGAUAAAGAAAAUACACAGUACUAUAAUUAUUUA